AUGAGUUCGUCGCCAAAUUCCGAUGAGGACAGAAAAAUUGAUUUCAAUCCACUGCUGCUGGCCAGUGGCAAAAGGAAGAGUGCAUUCCUACCGUACAAACCAUCGAACACGGUGCUAACAAAUCUGCAGCGCGGCAACACGGAAGCAAACAUUCCCAGUGAAAUAUGUCUUAAUUUUCACGAAAAAACAGGCCAAGGAGAAAUAACCGAGGAGCAGGUGCGUGCCGAACAGGUGGUCGAUGCUGUGGAUUCCGACCAAUUCACACCACUUCAUUGGGCGUGCUAUUACGGGCAGCUAGCCGCGGCUAAUAUACUUAUUAAAUGUGGAGCAGAUGUUAAUAAGCAUGCAAUGGAUAUGAUUAGUCCCAUACUUUUGGCGGGAGCAGGUGGACACAACGAGAUCGUGCGCUUGCUGGUGGAUAAGGGAGCGGUAGUUAAUCAUAUGGACAUUGUGGGUAAUACUGCUCUCAUGUAUGCGGCAGCCGGAAAUCAUCCCCAUACCUGCAACGAGUUGCUAAAUGCGGGCGCAAGCUUUACCGAUACGAACGAGGAUGGAGAGUCUGCUUACUCUCUGGCAGUGAAAAACAAUGCCAACUUAGCGCAAGCCGUGCUGGAAAAUCACAUCACUGCGCUGCUAAUGACGUGA